AUGCCAAAAGCAAAGAGAGACAAACUUAUCACACUCACUAAAACCAAGAAACGUAGUACAAAGGAACAAAAGAAUAAACUGGUAGAGGAAAUCCGAAAUGCCAUCGAAGAAUUUAAUAACAUUUACAUUUUAGAUUUAUCUAAUUGCAGAACAAAUCACGUUAAAGAAAUUAGAAGAGAUUUCAAUGAAUCCAAAUUUUUCAUGACCAAGAAUAAAGUGAUGAGAGUCGCUUUGGGAACCUCACCAGAAAAUGAAGUUGAAAAUGAUCUCCAUAAUGCCAGUAAAUUCCUCACUGCUACCCGAGCAUUGUUCAUUACUGAUCGUCCAAAAGCAGAAGUUGCUAAAUACUUUGCCAAUUUUAAACGAAGCGAUUACGCAAAGGUUGGAUUUGUAGCCACUAAAACUAUUACACUUGAAGCUGGCCCAGUGGAUUGGAUGCCAUUUAGCUUGGAAGAACGACUCCUCAAUCUUGGUUUACCAAUUGAAGUUAAAAACAAAGUAAUCAAUAUUUUAAGACCAUUCAAUUUAUGUACAUUCGGAGAACCAAUUACUGCUCAACAAGCAAAACUUUUGAAACAUUUCGGACAUGAAUUGACUGAAUUCAAUGCCUCAAUAGUUUGUCACUAUGAUAAGAAAACACAUAAACUUGAGAAAUUUGUGGAAGAACCUACAGGAGAUGAAGAGGAAGGUGAUGAUGAUGAAAUGGAAUAUUAAAAUAAAUAAUUAAUUCU